GCUCACAACUGGUGUCAACACAACACAAACAUGUGAUUCAAUCAAUCAGUCAUUCAUUUGAUUUGAUUUGAAUGAAUGAACCGAUGCUGUGAUGGGAGUGACAGUGAGUCAAGUGUUGUUCCUCAUGACCAUCCCUACGAUGAUAGCACUGGGAGUGGGAUAUGUUGUCAUGCCUUCAGAUGACCAGAAGAAGAAGUACUGGAAUCAGAAAUAUGCAGACAAACAGAGUUUCACCCAAAAGACUGUCGACAACAACGACCAGUUCAUGGAUGUCAUCAGAAAGAGUGCAUCGAGUGAUACCCUGGUGUUUGGCCGCAAGUCUAAGCCCACAGACAGUGCCAGCAAAUGAUGAUCACAUUUGUGGUGAUUGUGUGACCAGUGGUUGUGUCCACACAUUGUAUGCAUUGAAUGAGUGGUAGUUUAGUUGAGUGACCACUACUUGUAAUCACUAUUACAUCGCUAUUACAUGCUUUCACUUUCGGUUAUCAAGUUAUUGUCAAUUAGUUAUAAUUAUGAAUAAUAUGUAAAUUUUGUAUAAAACCAAUAAAAUAGAUGUUC